AUGACGCGAUCGCUGGGCGGGUGUGCCGCCCACAGUCAUGUUCAGUCUCGUAGUCCACUCCGCGCGGUCCGCCUGUCGUUUCCCAAUAAAAAGUUUAUAUACAAACUAAGUAUACAAGCACGCCUAACAAUCUGGGAACGACAAAUAAAAAAAUUGUGCGUUUCAAACUCUUUGGUGGAAACAGUGUUAAGGAUAUUACAGCAGCCUUCUUUGACCUCUCAAGCUCCACCAAAUCGACCUACACUGGGCGAAAGACCGCGGACAUCGAGAUUUCCCGAACAACACGAGUCGGUGGUAUCCCAAAAUGGCGUCCACCGACAGUACGACCUCCAGCCAAAUAACCGUGGCAGCAGAUGA